GUUAGAAGGGGCACGGCGAGUCACUGAAAGCCAUUCAAUUCCUCUUUCCUCCUCGCCACAAACCGGAGCAAGGGCUCCGGGCUGCCCAAGGCGUUGCCCCGCCGAGGGGAGAGUCGAAUCGGGGUGAGGUUAGUUUCUCAGAAGAAAAGGGGCUGCUUGAUGGUUGCUGCGUGAAAGCGCUGCUCUUCCUCAGGUCUCUGGGCAUAUGUAGAGUGCCUUUUUCUCCUGACCAUGUAAUUUAGGAACAUGUAGGUGCAUAAAGUUAUGUCUGGUGUUGAGAAAGUAGACAGGGAGACAGGUCUGGAGACCAAGGCUUAUGCGCAAUGGCUGAAGGCGCUGGGUACGUUUAGCCUGGAAAAGAGGAGACUGAGAGGAGAUGGAUACCUUAAGGGCUGUCACAUGGAAGAUGGAGCAAGCUUGUUUUCUUCCGCUCCAGAGGGUAGGACCCAAACCAAUGGCUUGAAGUUACAAGAAAGGAGAUUCCAACUAAAAAUUGGGAAUAAUUUUCUGAUGGUAAGAGCCAUUUGACAGUGGAACAGGCUCCCACGAGAGGCGGGUGGUGGACGCUCCUUCCUUGGAGGCUUUAAGCAGAGGUUGAGAUUCCUGCAUUGCAGGGGGUUGGACUAGAUGACCCCUUGGGGUCCCUUUCCCCCUCUACGAUUCUAUGAUUCUACUGGAACCUGAGGUCACCCCAUGAAACCGGAAGGUGGGAGGCUCAGGACAAAAUGAAGUUCUUCACACAGGGCAGAGUUAAACUACGGAUUUGCUGCCAUAAGAUGCAAUUGUAGCCACCAGUGUGGAUUAGGCUAUGAAUAAACCACCAGGCAUAAGGGUUACAUAUUACUUCCAGUAUCAGAGGCACUGUGUGCUUGGAUACCAGUCGCUGAGGAUUACAAGUGGGGAGAGUGCUGUGGGAUCAUGCCCUGCUUGAGGGCUCCCCAUGGGCACCUGCUUGGCUGCUGGGGAAACAAGGCUGGGCUAGACAGGCCUCCAGAUGUGCAACACAGGCCUUCCUAGGUUUUUAUUCAGAGGUGAGCGAAAGGUAUUGCUCACCAUUCCUCUUCUCGAAUGCUCUUUAUAUUCCAAGCUGCACCCAAUAGUGAAACAGAUCCAGUGGCUGAGCGCUAGCACAUGCUAGGUUUGGUGCGCCACCAAAGUAAAAUGCUUGUAAUGGAAGCAGAUGGAGGGGAGAAGCGAGUCCCACUGACUUGCGUGAGACAGACAAAAGGUUGGGGCCAGAAAGAUACAGCUAAGGGUCUCCAAUCAUGUUUUAAACAUGUCAGCCCAUUGAUAAAUCCACCUGAGAUAAAUCGUUAAAUUGCAUCACUUAGGAAAUGAUACCCACUUGACUAAUGUCAUGUAAACAGGUUUCUACCCCCUCCUAUUUCCAUAUUGAUUAUUAUAUGCUAAUAACUACCAAUUAGGACUUUUUGUUGUAUUUUUAUUCUGGGAGAUGCAUUUUUCUUUCAUGUGCCGUGAGUGCUUUGUAUUUCUCAUCCAUGUGUACUACAUAUAAUACAUUCUUUGAUUUGCUAGAGAUUCUUGAGAGGUUUGACGAUUCUGGGACUGAAUUCAGCCUGCAUUGAAGAUAGUCAAAUGGCACUGUUUCCAUCCAUCUGCUAGUAGGCCUAGUUCUGGACCAGAGUAUUUUCUGCUGGACCAGAAUAAAUAUGUUUCUUUGUUGGCUCCCUGUAUUGUUUGCUUUUUACCUCAGCCACUUUCAAUAGAAUACUACUCACUGUUUAAGAAAGAGACUAACUAUGUGUGUACGGUUUCAAGAAGCUUCUAUGAAGGGGCUUUAAUGUGAUUUUAAAUAAGUUUUAUACUCAAUAAAAGUCAAAACCUCCAGCAAUCCAGAAGGAUUAAGCUGCUUUCAAAUCCAUCUGAGCUAUUUCCUGCAAUUAACUUCUCAGUACUUUAGGAGUAGACUUCUAAGAUAUGAAGUAAUGAGGCAUCUGAAAAUAAAAACAUUACUUUAACUGCACAUUAUUAUGUGUUACAUAUUAUUUUAUAAUUCAUAGUAACGAUCAGAAGCAUAUGGCCAGAAUCACUAUAUUCCCUUUAUAGCCAUACAGCACUAUUUCAUACAGCACUAUUAUUUAUAUUAAUUGCAACAUACUAGUUUCACUUACAGAACACCAUCAUAUAUUGGAAAACAAAACGGAUGCCUGCCACCAGUAGGGUACUAUCUGAAUUUCGGCUGUAGGGGAGAUACAGAAGAAAGGAAAGGGGGUGGAAUAGAGUGAAAGGUCCAAGAAAACAAGGAAUGAUAAUGAAGAAAUACAACUCCCUGUACUGUACUUAGAAUGCAAUCCUAUACAUGUCAACCCAAGUCCCACUGAGUUGAACGGGGCCUGCUCUCGUGUAGACAAUUGCAGCCUUGGAGACUUAAUUUCGGCUAGGUUGAGGAAUAAGGGAAAUUCCACAUGCUGCUCAGGAAAAAAGUCAAAGUUUGCGGCAUCAGAGUGUACAUUUGUCAGGGAACCUCAGCCAGUUUUUGUUCUCUGACUAGAAGACUGGCUUGAUCCAAGUGCUUCCAAACACCCAUUUGUUGCAUCCACACUUCACUUUUUUACGCAAACCCUUUUCCCGUAAUCCCUGAUCUGUUCAACUUCCUGGUCAUGCUCUGGUCUGAAUCAUGUCAUUCUCAGUGCUGUCAUGGAUCAGUUCUGCCAGACAUGGCUAGGGACCAGCUGUGAUUUAUUGUCCCUAAGAAUGAGACUGUUAUCACCAUGGGAUCUCCCCAGGCCUUUUUGAGAUUCAGGAAUGCAAACAAAGAUAGGCUUGCUCUUGUGCAAGGCCUGGUUGCCUUUUAAAGAAGGCAGGGUGGGUCGGAAAGGCAAGCACAUUUCUAUACAUGUCUUUGUUCAACCAAGAAUUGCUGAGGUACAAAUUGAUGUGGGAACUAAAGGCAAUUUGUCAGCUCCUUUCAACUAUGUCACAGGAUGCAAAACUUCCAGCUGACACUAAAUUAAAUCAUAGAUGAAAUGACAGAUCACUGCUAAAUAUAUGGCAUAGGUUUGCAUGCCUACUUUUAAGUAUUUUUUAUUACUAAAUUUUAGAAGAUUACAAGUGCAGAUGGUUGCAAAAUACUAGAGAGAUUUUAGCUAAUGGUUGGUGAAUACUGGCAGCUCUACAGUUUCUGAGGGAACUAUGAUUGCUGCAGGUAUAUAUUUGUUACACUGGUGUUUCCUUCAGCAAACAUAUAAACAGCAGCGUUUCCAUGAGCACCCACAUGCAUGCACCUGGGAGUUACAAUUAGCGGUUCCAGGCAUUUAAGGACAUAGAUCGGUCACUCACAUUUUGGUCCAAAACCAUCAAGACAUGACAACAGCACAGGUCAGAUAGUUGGCAACAGGUGAGGGAAACUCACAUUGCCACCUUAGAGCUCAGUUGUUUCCCCCCAGGUGUGUUUCACAGCUCUUUCCCCUCUAGCUAUUCACAUCCGCAAAGGCUUCCUUAGUGUCAGAUUCAUUUCUGUUUUGUGUACACCACCAGAGGUGUUGCUGGGAUGGGAGUGUCUGCACAUUAUGCAAAGGUGUUCACAGUGUGGAAUGGCUAAUCAUUGUGAAGCUUGUUUGAGGGAAAAUGCACCAAACAGUAGCAUUUUAUCACAAAGUACAGGAUACGUAUGUAUUUUGGAUAACGUGGUGUGAACAAAGAUUAAAAAGUCAGCACUGGAAAUGCAGUGUGUGUACAGUAAACAGAAGUGCGAGCAGAGCCUAAAUUCAGCCAUCCACCCUCAAACAGCUAAUUGGCAUCGCCAGAGUUUUGUCUUCUUCACUUGAGCUACACACAAGCCUAAUAGCUGGAUCAGUGCGAGACAUUAAACACCCCCUGCCAGUUUGCGUGUUCCCUGUCUAUGCAUGGAAGCAGACUUUCAUGCAUGUGCACCCCUUAUGUGGGUCAGCAUGCCUUUUGAACAUGUAAUCGUCUGUUGGGAGCUGCCCAGAGUGGCUCGGGCAACCCAGUCAGGUGGAAUAAAACAAUAAAAUUAUUGUUAGGAUUAGGAUUAGGAUUAUUACCAUCAUCAUUUUGUGUUUGCUGAAACAUGGAGCAAACUGCCUACCAUGAGCAGGGUGAAUAUGCUCUCAUAUCCUAUAAGAAUGAAGCCUCUCAAGACAAAGGGUUGUAUCCAAUGCCAGUCCUACUCAGAGUAGACCCAUUGCAAUUAAUGACCCUAAGGUUGUCAUAGUCAUUAACUAAGUGCAUAAGGAGCUUUUGACUGUGACAAAAUGAGAGGCUACCAUGCUUUCAAAACUCUUUUCCAUAUACUGAUUUUUGUAAGCAUUGCCACUAUGUGUUUGGGGACAACCAUUCCAUCAAACUAUAGCAGAGGAAGAGAUGGGGCUGCAGGGCCUUUCCACUGAGUCUGUGGAGACACCAGCUCCAAGAAGUUCCUCCCUCAAGUGUCAUCGGGAAGGAGCCAUUCUCCAUCAGGCAAUAGCAGAGAAAACGAUGAGGCUAGACUCUCCAAUGGCUCAGCAGAGAUGCCACCAGUUCAGUUCAUUCUCUCCUUGAAUCUGUUUCCAUUGCAGCUGGACAUUACAGAAGUCUGCAUCUAAUAACACUUCUAUUUUUUCCUCAUUCUCAAUUCCUUUUUCCUUCUGUGUCAUGUAAAAGCCUUUUAUCACUCUAGAAGCCUAAGGGAAACAUUAUUUUAAUAAAUAACAAUAGAAGUAAAAAAUUGUAAACGGUGACAAUAAACCUAUUCAUUCAGAUAAAAAUGGAGAAUCACAGAUCUGCACUGUUCAGUGUUUAAAGUUUAGCAAAUCUCCUUUGUGAAGCCUUUGAAUAUGCCAGUUAUUUUAAAUAUUAUCCAAUUCUUGCCAAAUAUAUUACCUAGGGAUCUUGCUUUGGAGGAAGUUUGGAGAGCAUCUUGUCUCAAAAGAUGAUUUCCAUGCUCUAGCAACCCCUUUAGGUGGAAGGUAAUCCAGCACAGGAGUGAAUUCCCCUUCUACCUUUUUUCUUUAACGAGACAUGUCCUUUCAGCUCACUAAUAUUUCUAGCCUAAAGUAUCUUUGAUACUGCAUUAGCUGCUGCUUCCUGAGAGAGUAUGAACUGGUGGUCCCGUUCCAAGGGAUUUUCGUGUAAUACCAAUGCAUAAAGCUUUAAUCCUUCCAGAAAGGCACUGACAACAUCCCUACCACAGAGACAUUCCUCACAUUCUUCUGUAUACAUCAAGGCAGCUGAGAUUCUGACUGUAAAGUACUGAUUGCACCAUUUACACAGAUUGAAUUUAAAGAUUAUGGACUUUCAUUUGCACUCAUAUAUCUUUGGCAACCACUCGUAGCCGAGUAAGAUUGUCUUCCACGAACACGGUCUUAAGAGUGAGACAGUAAGUGACUGUAGAGGCCAAUUCUGGAUCCACACGUCCUUCCACAGUGGAGGCAUAGGUUUCCUAGCAGGAGUUGAUCAUGGUGAGAGUUUGCCUUCCUCUUGCACACUUCUGCCUUUCGUCCUGAGUUUGAGUGUCUUCAAAGUCCACGACACCUUUGGUAAAGGCUGUUCUCCAAUUGGAGCACUCAAAGGCCAGUGUUUCCCAGUUGUCCGUGUUUAUGCUACAUUUUUUAAGAUUUGCCUUGAGAGAGUCUUUAAACCUCUUUUGUUGCCCGCCAGCAUUAUGCGUUCCAUUUUUAAGUUUGGAAUAGUGUAGUUGCUCUGGAAGACAACAAUUAGCAUCCGCACAACAUGACCAGUCCAACAAAGAUGGAUGUUGAAGAAUCAUUGCUUCGACAUUGGUGAUCUUUGCUUCUUCCAGCACACUGACAUUAGUUCACCCUUGUUCCCAAAUGAUAUGUAAAAAUUUUCAGAGACACCGUUGAUGGAAUCUUUAAAGGAGUUGGAGAUGGCAUGUAUAAGUGGUCCAUGUUGCACAAGCAUACAGUAAGGUUGGUAGUACAAUAGCUUUGUAAACAAGCAUUUUGAUUUCCCUGCGAAUGUCCCAAUCCUCAAACACUCUGCACUUCAGUUGGGAGAAAGCCGCACUCGCAGAGCUCAGGCGAUGCUGGAUUUUGGCAUCAGUGUCGACCCUUGUAUAAAGAUAACUGCCCAGGUAGGAGAAGUGAUUGACACUUUCCAAUGUUAUACCGUUGAGUUGGAUUUGUGGCACUGCAGAGGGGUUGUUUUGUACUUGUUGGUGCAGCACGUUGGUUUUUUUGGAUACUGAGCGAUGGGCCAAGCUUUUCGUAAGCUUCUGCGAAUAUAUUUAGGAUAGUUCAGAGGUCAUCUUCUAAGUGUGCGCACACUACGUUGUCAUCAGCAUACUGAAGCUCUAUGGUGAAAGUUACAGUAACCUUACUCUUUGCUUUCAGCCUGCUCAGAUUGAAGAGCUUUCCACCUGUUCGAUAUAUGAUUUCUACUCUGGUGGGGAGUUUCCCUUCGACAAAGUGUAAGAUCAUGGCAAUGAAAAUAAUGAAUAGAGUUGGGGCAAGAACACAGUUCUGUUUAACACCUGAUCCCACUGAAUGGUUCACUUUGAGAGCCAUUGUUAUCUGCGAUUGUUGAUGUCAUAUUAUCAUGGAGGAGCCGAAUGAUAUUUACAACUUUUAUCUGGGCAGCCAAUUUUCAGAAGGACAGUCCACAGGGCAUUAAGAUUUACAGUGUCGAAAGCCUUAGUCAGGUCAAUAAACACCAUAUACAGGGGUUGGUUUUGCUCUCUGCAUUUUUCUUGAAGCUGUUGAGUGGUGAAAAUCAUGUCUCUGUCUCCCUAGAAGGCCAAAAACCAUUUUGGGAUUCAGGAAGGGUCACCUCGGAUAUUGUUAAGAGAUGUUUUGCUAAGAUCCUUGCAAGAAUUUUGCCGGCCGCAGCUUAUUAGCUGCCUCGAUGAGAUGCCUUGAUGGUUUCCACAAUCAGUUCUGUCACCUUUUUUAAAGAGAUUGAUAAUUUUGGCAUCUCUAAAGUCUGCUGGGAUCUCUUCUCUUUCCCAUAUUUUUUUGAUGAGCUUGUGAAGUUGUUGUGUAAGUCCAAUUCUGCCCACUUUGAAGAUUUCGGCAGGUAUCCCAUCAGGUCCACUGAUUUGGAGAUACUGCAAGCUAAUCUCUAACCUGUUUUUGCAGAAUUUGUGAGAGGACCUCAGCAGCUACGGGGGAGUUGCAGUUAAGGAGAUGUUGGUAAUGUUCUUUCCAGGGCAGUGCAAUAGCUUCUUUAUCUUAAUAGUGUGAUACCGUUUGCUUAUUGGCCCAUAGAUGAUGAUGAUGAUGAUGAUGAUGAUUUAUUAGGGACGCAGAUGGCGCUGUGGGUAAAACCUCAGUGCCUAGGACUUGCUGAUCGUAAGGUCGGCGGUUCAAAUCCCCGUGGCGGGGUGAGCUCCCGUCGUCCCGUCCCAGCUCCUGCCUACCUAGCAGUUCGAAAGCACCCCAAGUGCAAGUAGAUAAAUAGGUACCGCUUUAUAGCGGGAAGGUAAACGGCAUUUCCGUGUGCGACGCUGGUGCUGGCUCGCCAGCUGCAGCUUUGUCACGCUGCCCACGUGACCCGGAAGUGUCUUUGGACGGCGCCGGCUCACGGCCUCUUAAGUGAGAUGAGCGCGCAACCCUAGAGUCGGACACGACUGGCCCAUACGGGCAGGGGUACCUUUACCUUUACCUUACCCCGCCCAUCUGGCUGAGUUUCCCCAGCCACUCUGGGCAGCUCCCAAUCGAGUGUUAAAAACAAUACAGCAUUAAAUAUUAAAAACUUCCCCAAACAGGGCUGCCUUCAGAUGUCUUUUAAAGAUAAGAUAGCUGCUUAUUUCCUUCACAUCUGAUGGGAGGGCAUUCCACAGGGUGGGCACCACUACCGAGAAGGCCCUCUGUCUGGUUCCCUGUAACCUCACUUCUCGCAAUGAGGGAACUGCCAGAAGGCCCUCGGCGCUGGAUCUCAGUGUCCGGACUAAACGAAGGGGUUGGAGACACUCCUUCAGGUAUACAGGACCGAGGCCAUUUAGGGCUUUAAAGAUCAGCACCAACACUUUGAAUUGUGCUCGGAAACGUACUGGGAGCCAAUGCAGAUCUCUCAGGACCGGUAGUAUGUGGUCCCGGCAGCCAUUCCCAGUCACCAGUCUAGCUGCUGCAUUCUGGAUUAAUUGCAGUUUCCGGGCCACCUUCAAAGGUAGCCUCACAUAGAGCGCAUUGCAGUAGUCCAAGCGGGAGAUAACUAGAGCAUGCACCACUCUGGCGAGACAGUCUGCAGGCAGGGAGGGUCUCAGCCUGCGUACCAGAUGGAGCUGGUAAACAGCUGUCCUGGACACGGAUUUGACCUGUGCCUCCAUGGACAGCUGUGAGUCCAAAAUGACUCCCAGGCUGCGCACCUGGUCCUUCAGGGGCACAGUUACCCCAUUCAGGACCAGGGAAUCCUCCACACCUGCCCGCCUCCUGUCCCCCAAAAACAGUACUUCUGUCUUGUCAGGAUUCAAUCUCAAUCUGUUAGCCGUCAUCCAUCCUCCAACCGCCUCCAGACACUCACACAGGACCUUCACCGCCUUCACUGGUUCUGAUUUAAAAUAGAGGUAGAGCUGGGUAUCAUCCGCAUACUGAUGAACACCCAGCCCAAACCCCCUGCUGAUCUCUCCCUGUGGCUGCAUGUAGAUGUUGAAAAGCAUGGGGGAAAGGACAGAGCCCUGAGGCACCCCACAAGUAAGAGGCCAGGGGCUGAACACUCAUCCCCCCCCCCACUUUCUGAACAUGGCCCAGGAGGAAGGAGCGGAACCACUGUAUAACAGUGCCCCCAGCUCCCAGCCCCUCUAGAUGGUCCAGAAGGAUGUUAUGGUCGAUGGUGUCAAAGGCCGCUGAGAGAUCCAGUAGAACUAGGAAACAACUCUCACCUUUGUCCCUAGACCGCCGGAGAUCAUCGACCAGCGUGACCAAGGCAGUUUCAGUCCCAUGAUGAGGCCUGAAUCCCGAUUGGAAGGGAUCCAAAUGGUCCACAUCCUCCAGGCGUGCUUGGAGUUGUUCAGCAACCACUCACUCAGUCACCUUGCCCAAGAAUGGAAGAUUUGAGACUGGGUGAUAGUUGGCCAUAUUGGCCGGGUCUAAAGAUGUUUUUUUAAGAAGCUGUUUAAUGACCGCCUCUUUCAGCAGGUCUGGGAAGGCUCCCUCACGGAGGGAAGCAUUCACCACCCCGCUGAGCCCAUUGCCCAGCCCUUCCCGGCUCGCUUUUAUCAGCCAGGAUGGGCAAGGAUCAAGGAGACAGGUGGUCGGUUUCACUUGUCCAAGCAGCCUGUCCACAUGGUCUUUGUGGCUUUAAAGAAACUCUGUGCAUCAUGAGUGUCGGCUAAGUGCUGGAUCUCUUGAGCUUGAUCUCUUGAUCCAGGUGUUUUUUAGUUCUCUGGUUCUUCUUUGAACCUCAGCUUCAGCGUUGGCAUAGGUUUUUUUCUUAGUGGCACAGUUUCUAUCUCUUUGCCAGAUCUGAAAGGCCUUCCUUUUCUUGUCAAUCACGCACUCAAUCUCACUGUCAUUCUCAUCAAACCAGUCCUGGUGUUUCUUGGUUUGGUAUCCAAUAGUUUGUUCACAGGCUGCAAUAAUGGAUGUUUUUAUCUUGGUCCUGUGUUCCUCGAUUUUAUCAGAGAACUCCAAAAGCAGAUGGUCCUUAAGAGUCGUUUGGAAGCAAUCCCGCUUAAUUGGAUCUUGAAGGGCUUGAGUGUUCGUUUUGCGCCUUGGUUUCCUUCCUUGAAGCUUGCAUUGAGGUAUAAUCUUGAUAGCCAUCGUGGAGCGUAUUAGUGAGUGAUCUGUCCAGCAGUUGUCGGCGCUCGUCAUAGCUCUGGUGAGGAGGACAUCACGGUGAUCUUUAGCACGGACAAUAACAUAGUCUAAGAGGUGCCAGUGGUUUGACUGAGGAUACCUCCAUGAAGUUUUAAAUUUAUUUUUCUGUCAAAAGAGUGUGUUGGUAAUAACAAGGUUGUGCGCUGCACAUAUCGUCAAAAGUAAGAUUCCGUUCUGGUUGCUGUUGCCAAUUCCUUCUUUCCCAAUAGUCCCAGGCCACAGAUAGAAAUCUCGCCCAACUCUUGCAUCCAGGAGAAUCAUUUUAUCUUCUGAUAGGAUGGUAUCCAGCUGAGAGUAAAAUUUUUCUUUAAUGCCUUCAUCGGCAUCCAGUGUUGGUGCAUGAGCGCUUAUAAUAGUAGCCUGUUGUUUUUUGGUGAGUUUUAUUCGAAGGGUUGAGAGUUGCUCAUUUAUGCUGGCAGGGACUUCUGACAGGAGCUUCACAAGAUCGUUUUUGAUAGCAAAGCCUACCCCAUGUAUUCGAUGUUCUUGUUCAGAUAGACCUGUCCAGAAGAAAGUGUAGCCUCCUUUUUCUUCCUUCAGUUGUCCCUCGCCUGCUCUUUGAGUCUCUUGAAGCGCUGCAAUAUUGAUGUUAAAACGUCACAGCUCUCUUGCAAUGAUGGCAGUUCUGCAUUCAGGAUGCUCGCUUAUCUGUUUUAUCUGACAAAGUCCGUAUAUUCCAUGUUCCAAAGUUCAAUUGUCUUUUACGACCACUAGGUGGUGACCUCACUGGGUGUGGUAAUCCAGUCAGGGGAAAAGGGAGGCAGACUAUGUUUAAGGCACCUUUUCUAGCCCCUCCCUCUUUUCGGGGUGAGCAGAGUGGAUCCUAAAAAGGGCUGCUCAGUCAUGGAUACAGCUGCCGAGCUGCUCAACUGCCUCGUUCCUGGAGUCAGAACGACUGAAUCUGCAUCCACCGCCCAUGUGCCAGUUCAUGACUAGGGGCUUCCUGAUUUCACGAUCCUGCCCCCAUUACCAUUUGCCAAUCGCAAUGGGACUUUGGGGGGGGUUGGAUUGGGGUUUUGGAAGUCGCCUGUGUGUGAAUUUGUUUUAUGUGUGUAGAUCAGUGCACGCUGACCAACGCACAGUCUUCACAGUAGGGCUGUGUUCCGAUGGCAUGAAGUAGUCACAACAAACUGGUAGAUUCCUAUCUGCUGCAGCCUUCAUCCACCUUCACAGCUGUUGUAACAUACCGCUUGUUAUCAGCCGCCUGUUCUGCCGUUGAGGACUUCUUGGAUCAUUCUUUCUCUAGCUCCUUCCCUUUGACCUUACUGCCUUGGGUGACCCUGCUGGGAGUACGAGAUUCCCGACAGUUUCACUCACAAGGGUCAUAGGAACAUGCAAGCCCACUCACCACAACAAGGCGAUGAUCCAGCGAGUGGGACCAUAGAUCACAUGCGAACUAGCCAUGCAUUGUAACCCCGCAUGUGCACGCAUGCCUAUGACCGCAUGCCUAAUUAAUAACUAAUGAACAGGAUCCUUUCCUCGUGUUACUGAAAACAGGCUUAGAAGGGGCCCUGGGUCAUCUAGCCCAGCCCCCCAUAUACUGAUGCAAAGUAGAUUAGCCCAGAGGCCUCUGGCCUCCUUAAAAUCUGAGGAGCGGACCAGAGGGAAGCCUGCAUUGGUAAGGUCCGCUCCUCCUAGCUCCGCCCCCCGGACCGUUGCAGAUUGGCCGAUUCAAACAGCUGGGUUCCGGCGGGAACUCGGAGGCCGUGACCCCAGGAGGCACAGCAACAGCCACGGGAGCAGUGUGGCUCCGAGAUGGUGGUGCAAUGCGCCAGGCUGCAAAUGUCGCCCACCACCGGGACAUGAUGAAUGGUUCCUUGUCCUCCUGGGGAAAAGUGACUAGAGGGGUGCUGCCAGGCUCUGUCCUGGGCCCCUUGUUGUUCAAUGGCUUUAUCAAUGACUUGGAUGAUGGAAUUGAGGGGAUGCUCAUCGAAUUGGCAGAUGACACCCAAAUGGGAGGGGUAGCUCAUGUUGCAGAAGACAGAAUCUGAAUUCUAAAUGACAUGAACAGAUUGGAGCACUGGGCGCAAGCGAACAAAAUGAAUUUCAAUAGGGAGUCAUGUCAGGUUCUGCACUUAGGCAGCAAGAACCAGAUUCACUAAGAUGGGAUGGGGGACACCUGGCUUUCUAGCAGCAUAGGAGGAAAAGAUCUAAGGGUCUUGGUGGACCAAAAGCUUAACAGGAGUCAACAGCGUGAUGCAGCAGCAAAAGAAAGCUAACACUAUUCUAGGCUGCCUCAGCAGACGUCUAGUGUCCAGAUCAAGGGAGGUAAUAGUACCACUCGAUUCUGCCUUGGUCAGACCACACUUGGAAUACUGUGUCCAGUUCUGGGCACCACAGUUUAAGAAGGAUGCUGACAAGCUGGACCAUGUGCAGAGGAGGGUGACCAAGAUGAUUGAGGGUCUGGAAACGAAGCCUUACGAUGAAUGCUUGAAGGAGCUGGGUAUGUUUAGCCUGAAAAAGAGGAGACUGAGAGGAGAUCUUCAGCUAUUUUAAGGCCUGUCACAUGGAAGAGGGAGGAUGCUUGUUUUAUCCUGCUCUGGACAGGAGGACUCGAACAGAUGGCUUCAAGUUCAAAGAAAGGAGAUUCCGACUAAACAUUCGUGAAAACCUUUCUGACAGUAAGAGCGGUUUGGCAGUCAAACAGACUCCCUUGGCCUCCCGUGGCCAUCGGUCACGGAUGCUGUCGCUGAAAUUCCUGCAUUGCAGGGGGUUGGACUAGAUGACCCCUGGCUCCCUUCCAACUCUAAGAUUCCAUGAUUCUAUGAAAUGGAUCGGAACUCAUGACAGCCACCCACCAGUUUCAUAUUCAAAACUGCUUCCCACCCCAACCCCUUCUUGAUUACUAUAUAUAAAUAAGACAUUAAAGUAGACAAAUAAUAACUUACAAAAAGGAUCAAUAAAUGUCUCACCCAUUGUCUAUAAACCUUGAUCAGAAUCCCAUGUCAGGUUUUCUUUCGUGAAUGAAAUAAAAUGGUUUUAACCAGUUUUUAAUAGCCAAGAAUCAAAUGUAGAGCUUGGGGUACACUGAAACGUAAUACUGGACAGAUUACUACAGGGUGUGGAGAGGGGUUAUUUGAACUAUGAAGUGAGAAACAGCAGCCGUAGUCUAGGCCAGAAGUGCUUUCCCUUGGUGACCCUGCCAUGUUGAAAGGGGGGGUGCAAGGGGUUUCCUGUCCUGUCCAGAAAUGCACCGGGCUGGAUGAAGCCAGCUUGAGAUAAAUGGAAUAAAACCGCUUAACCCACUGAAAGAUAGAUUUGAAAAAUGACUGUGAAGGGGAACAAUGCCCAUUAUUAAGCAAGAUAGCUAAAGUAACAGGGUCAUGUCCUCCAUUGUGACACGUCCCCCUGCUGAGUGACUUGGCUGAGCACUUUGGGAAGAGCAACCAUUUGAGGAUAGCUAGUGAAGGAGAUCAGAGAUGUUGCGGCAGAGACUUCAGAGACUCUCUUCGUCAAAAGUGUAAGUAGGAUUUCUCCUUUAGAAACGUAGGGGAGGUUUAGCUGCCAGGAGCCCCAAAUCCAGCACAGAGAUCUCUAGAACCCAUUUCCUCAUUGUUUCCUCUUCUUCCCUAGGUUCCGAAGUCUGAGGAGGCUCCGCGGGCUGCUGGUCUCCUGCUGCCGGUUGCCCAAGAUACAUCCCCUGGUCUGCCAGAAGGAGGAAGGAGAUGAGUGGAAGGAGGAGGUCAACAUCAUGAAGGACGGAAAGGAGGAGAAGGUGAAGAUAAGAUCAAUUUUUGUGAGACCAUGCGACCAGGGGAUGGAGUCCACCGAUAACAACGUGGAUGGUGAGUGUUGAUCUUUCUUCCUCAGGAACAGGGAGACCAGAGAAAAUCUGGCAGUGGGGCGGAGGGUGCAGAAAGAUGGGUUAUCAGCAUAAGAAUCAAUUAAAAUAUUAAGAAUCCUUUCUCUUCUUUUCUCUUCCAGGCAACGGCAGCAGUGAGACCAGCAGCUCAAGCGGAGCUCUUACCCCCCCUCCCACGCCCAGUUCCCCCCUCCCCACAAUUCCAAAUAUAUAA